AUGCAAAACUAUGAUCAUAAUUCUCCCAGUAAUGGCGCACUAAAUGGCCAGAGCGUGCUGGAUCAGGUAGACCAAUACCUCAGCGAUCAUAACGUUACGCGAGGCUCCGAGAGACCUGUCCUAGAUCUCGACUUCGACGUCGUAGCGCACCGAUCACAUGAUAUGGGCGAACAACCCAAGCUUAAUAUGAAUGAUCAUCACCACCAGCACCAUCAACAUCCCGGCUCUCACCACAUGCCAUUUCACUUCGAUCUCGAUGUAUCCGCGCUGCCACCAUCGCAUGACUCUCGCUUAGUGCGGCCUGAUAUGGUGUUUUCGCCCAUGGUAUCGCCGGUAGUGGAACCAGCUACACACCAUUCUACAUCGGCAUCACAUACCAAUACGCCAUUUCUGAGAUCCCAAGCUACUAACAGUAGUCACUCGGCGAUUCCGUCGUCAAAGCCUCAUUUUUCACCGCUUUCGUCACCAGCCAUGGACGCUUUGGAAAAUCUGGCUGCUUUGAAACGAGUAUCGUCCUCUUCUUCAUCGCGUGGUAAGCGAACGCCUAUGUCCACACCCGCACUUACAGCUACCACAGCCGUUACUUCGGCCGCACAGUCGUCGUCCUCAUCGUCUGCUUCCGUUAACACAAACUCUAAAGUGGUGAAAAAUAGCCCACAACUAGCUCACAGGCGGUCCGCUAAUUCCGUUUAUACUAAACGCAAGAGUACGGUGUCUUCAAAUUGGGAUGAUAUGUUCAAACUUCCGGAUAGUUCAAUCCCACCACCACCACUGACGCCGGCGACAGUGGCUGGUAAUCCUCCCAUAGGGCUCGCAGGUCAGCACCACUACGAAGACUCCAAAAGCUCGCGUCCAGCAUCAAGCAUGUCUUCUACCCGAACUCACAAUUCCGCAAAUUCAACCGUUACACUUGGCAACUCGGAUCUUGAGCUAGAUGGUUAUCACCCUCAUCAGCUUUACCACAAUGACGCUACUCCAGCUACUGUGAUGAAAUACCCGAAGGUAAUUCUGCCGUCAACAGCGUCAGUGACUACACAAUCGCCUGUCCGAGACUCGGUGCAGGCGACUGGUGGCAGCGGGAAUGAUAAUAAUGGAGGCCACCAAGAUUUUAUCGUUGCUUCAGAGUCUCCGGUAAUCAAAGCUACCAACCCAUCCCCAUUCUUUCAGCGUUCCAGCACAAAUCGUAAGAUUAGUGCGGGGGCCGUCAGCGUCCGAACGACACCAGAGUUGAAAGCGCACCACAAGAAUAGCAAGUCUCUUUGUGAUAUUGAUGGCGAUGGAGACGACGCUUCUGCUACUGCCGAUAAUACUGAGUCCGGUCAAGGUGAAGAAUACGGGGAUAAGAACAAAAAGGAUGUUCACAAGGCCGCUGAGCAGGGCCGACGCAACCGUUUGAACAACGCGCUGGCCGAACUUCACGGGCUAAUCCCGUUAGAGCUGAGGGAAUCCAUUUUGAUCCCUUCGAAGGCCACCACAGUUGAGCUCGCCUGCGAUUACAUUCGCGACCUACUUGCUAGAGCCUCACAUCCCCCAAAAGAUAUCUAA